AGCCUAUAUCUAAAACAUUAAAAUUUUAUUAUGGGUAUAGGCCUACUAUUUUGAUAUGCUAUGUUAAAUACACAAUUUUAUAGAAUCGUACAGCUGUGCGAUGGGCAUGAUAUCUAAAGUAAAUUUCAUUGUUUGUAAUGAGUCGUGCAAUUGAGAAAUAAAGUGACUUCAGAUAAUAAUACACGCGUUUCUGAGAAAUAUUACUUCAGACAAAUAAUCAGAUCGAAACAGGAAGAGUCAUGUUAAGAUGGACUAUUUUUGGACGGUUUUUCUAGGACAUCAACAGGAGGACGCCUCGUGUUUUUGGUGUUUUUCGCGGAUUUCAUUGGAGAGGAGUCCGCUGCAUCUUAAGCACUUCACAAUGACAUCACGGUCACCUGAUCUCAUUAUGGUUACAGUUAACGAGGAAAAAAGUGCUGUGACGGACAACGCUAGAGUCUUUGGAAGGCUUAUCGUUUUAUUUCACUUCGUCCGCCCUUUCUCGACAGCAAGAUACCGAGUUUUUAAAGGUAAACUUUUAUUUGUGCAACACGUGUAGGAGGGUCUGAGUUGCAGUUUAACGACUUUUUGCUGGGUGGGGAGCUUACAGAAAAUCGAACAGCUGGUAUUUCUAUGUAUGUAACAUUCAAUAUAUUUCUGAAUGGGAAACGAAAAGACAGGUUUGUUCUGGCAGAAAAAAUAAUCUGCUAUUUUCAGAUCGGUGUCGCAUAUCCUGCCAGUGGCACAGGUGGCGUUGGGUCUGUUUUUGGAUUAUGACUUUAGACGCAGAACCCAUGGAAGAUCCCGACAUCGACGUGGUGGGAGACGGUAAUAAGGAUCCCAGGAAGAAGACUUGUUUGACGCAACUUUCGGAAAAAGCGAAAGACGAUUCAGAGCUUGAACCGAGCAGUGCAGCCUCUUCUCCCAAAACACGAGACAAAGUGAGUGAGGAGUACGAUUCUCCGCCAGAAGCUGGUCCUGCCGUGGUGAAAAGCAGCGUUUCCGUUAAGCCGCCGUAUUCCUAUAUUGCUUUGAUCACUAUGGCCAUCCUUCAGAGCCCGAAGAAGCGCCUCACGCUGAGCGAGAUAUGCGAGUUUAUCAGUCACCGCUUCGCUUACUACAGGGAGAAAUUCCCGGCCUGGCAGAAUUCAAUCAGACACAAUCUGUCACUGAACGACUGCUUUGUCAAAAUGCCCCGGGAACCCGGUAACCCGGGGAAGGGAAACUACUGGACGUUAGAUCCCAUGUCUUCUGACAUGUUUGAGAACGGAAGCUUUUUGCGGCGGAGGAAGCGUUUCAAGCGGCAGCACUUCAGAUUCAGCAUGCUGAAGGAGCCGCAGAUGGAGUCCGGCGCAGUACCCAGCUUUACGUACGGCGCUUACGGGAUCGGGACGACCUGCCUGCAGAUGGUCCCUUUGGAGUUAUCCCCCAUGGGCACGGAUCACCCCUCGGGCUCGCCCUGCGCUCCCAGCAUCCCACCUGUCAGCAGCAUCUUGCCGGCGCUUUCCACCCUGUUUUCCAGGACCUCCCACGCCGGCACAAAGACUUUUUUCCCAUCGCCGACUCUCCCGUACGAGUCACUCAGCACGGCUCGCUGCACUCCGGUCUCCUCCGCUUUACUACCUGAAUACCGACAUUUUCCCAGCGGGCUACUCCAACCAAUGGCCUCCCCGCAUCUCCUCAGUCUACAGCAAGAAUAUCAUAAAAUGCACUCCCUGCACAGCAGCUCUCUCCUGUCUAGUAAACUGCUCCAGCAGCUCGGAGAUGGAAGUAACUUAUAGCUGUGCUUGAUGUUGCUAUAUAUACUAUUCAGGAUACUGCUCCGAUUUAGAUUUCUUGAAGCACGUGCGUCAAUUAAUCAUUUUGAAGAGGUUUUUUUUUUUGUAAUUGUACAGUUUUUUAAAUUUUAUUUUCAUUGUGCUUCAGUGCUGUUAACAAUUUAAGAUUCGCUGCGCCUUUUCUAAAUGAACUGUAAAUUUUAACGUAUCUAAUAUCAAGCAGAAGAAUAAAAUUU